CAAGGAUCAAGGAAUCAAAGAUAAUGGAUAAUCCGAAAGCUACACAUCCUUAUGCCACGUCGACAACUGUUGUUCUUUGGAACGCAGAGAGGUGCAAGAUCCCAAGUGGUGUCACGGCUAGUGACAUACUACCACGGAUACAAACGAGCUUGGUGGAGCUAGGCUACGUUGGUCCGUUAGAAAUGACUGCAAUCGUGGCAAAUGAGAAUCGCUUUAAUCCUGCAGAAACUGCAUCACUACGAAAGAGUGGAAUACGGAUUGCCAACUUCCGUGAAGGAGAUGAAGUACUCGUGGACUUCAUAAUCAUGGACUUAAUCGUGAAUGAUUUGGUCCGUGUGCGUCCGGCUAAUGUACUAGUCAUCUCCGGAGGUGGUCGGUUUUCUGACAACUUGCCUCGCUACCUCACCGAUUUGAAGUGUCUUGAUAUCAAUGUGAUGUAUGCAUUUUGUCCCGAAGCUGCUGCACCAAGCCAUUGUCUGUUCUCAACCACUUGGGAGUGGUUAAGUCUUCUCAAGUUGGAAGACUAGAUUUUUAAAAAAAAAUAAUGUCGUUAAUUAUAUCUAUCGCUCUCUCUUUUGAGUGUACUUAAUUGGGUGUUAUUUUGUGCGUUUUGCUGUAUUAGGAAUGUUUAUCUCUCAACUAUCAGUCUAUCACAUUUAUUAAUCGAUGGAAGUAAGCA